AUGGACCACAAAAACGCAUCGCUGACUUCGCCUGACGCUCGUGUUAGUAGUACGCCCGCUGCAAUACUUCUGAGCAGUCUCAUUCAACCAGCAGUAGCUUCUAUAGUGUUCUUUGCUAUAUGUCUAGUGUACGCCAUUUACUCCAUCGCCCAAUAUGCCCGACUCCGAGCGUUCAAGGGACCAAGCUCGGCCGCAUGGUCGAAGUUCUGGUUACUCAGAUGUGUCCAGAGCGGCAGGAUGCAUCAUAUCCUCCAAGACAUAAGCACAAGAUAUGGCAAAUUCGCCCGUAUCGGGCCUAACACUUUGCUGGUUUCGGACGUAGAAUUUGUACGCAGAGUCAACGCCCCAAAGAGCAAGUAUCACCGUUCAGAUUGGUACAAGGGGUCUCGAUUUACACCUGGAGAGGAUACUCUGAUCAGUAUGACCAACGAGGUCGAGCACAAGACUGUGCGAUCGAAGAUGACCGUAGGCUACAAUCUCAAAAAGGAGAAUGAGCGUUGUGAAAGUGCCAUCGAUAGUCAACUCGAGGUGAUGCUCAACCUCAUUGAAUCAAAGUACAUCUCAGACCUCGAUAAAGGUGAUGUCCGGCUCUUGGAUUGGGGCUACCUGGCAAGUUACUUCUCCAUCGACUCCAUCACGGACAUUGCAUUCAGUCAGCCUAUCGGAGACCUCAAAGAGGAUAAAGACAAGUGGAACUUUUUGCAUAACACCGAAGACAACAUUAGGUCAAUGUCGUUCUUCACUAUCUAUCCCGAAAUCCUCAACAAGAUCCCAUUAUGGGUGAUGGUUAAAUACCUUGCGCCUCAUCCGGAUGACAAUAGCCCAUUUGGUAUGGUUAUGGGUUUCGCCCGGAAGUGUGCUCGAGAGCGUUAUGGCGAGAAAAAGGUCGAGAAAGACGACAUGCUGGGCGUUUUUGUACGUCAGGGUAUGUCCCAAUAUGAAGCAGAGCGUACUUCGCUUCUUCAGCUGGUAGCCGGCUCCGAUACCGUAGCCACCUCACUUCGAGCGGCUAUUCUCUACAUCGCCAGCGAUCCUUCGGUCGUCCACCGCAUCCGAACAGAGGUCGCUGCCGCUGGCGUGUCUUCUGAAAGACCCACUUCCGACAUUAUUAGCUAUGGCGAUGCCCGCAAGAUUCGCUACAUACUUGCUGUCGUGCGUGAAGUCCUCCGCGUUCACCCGCCUGCCAUCGCAACGAUGGAGAAGCAGCUUGGUAACGAGAGUGACCUUCUUCCCGAUGGCCGUGUCAUUCCAGCGAGGACCAACAUCGCAUUGUCCUUGACGGCGAUCCUUCGCGACCCGGAGACGUUCGGUGCGGAUGCGGAGUUAUUUAGACCAGAACGGUGGCUUGAAGAUGUCGACGAAGAACAAAAGAAGAAGAUGGAUAGGGCGCAUGAACUGAUCUUCGGUUCGGGUAGGUUUCUUUGCCUUGGUAGGGAAAUCGCGAUGAUGCACAUCGUGAAAAUCGUGAUCGAGAUUUUCAACCGAUAUGACAUCUCGGUUCUUCACCCAGAGAAGCCUUGGCAUAGCCUUGCUUACGGCAUCUUUGUUCAGCAUGAUCAGUGGGUGAAGGUGACGAGGAAGGACCUCAGACACGAGGGAUUUUCCAAUCUUUCUCAGGUGUUUGUGAAUGAAAAACCCAACGGUAGUGUGGUGCUUUGAAUCUCGGGCGGGAGGAAAAGUUCUAAGCAGGGAAAGUGAGCUUUGAUAGCCAGCGCAUGUCUGAUACGUACACAGCUGGGGAGAAUGCCACUUGAUUAUCAAUUGAUACUGCUUGUGGUUGCAAAGAGGUGCCUCGUAAAAUCUUAAAGCAUCGAAAGCUAGACAAGGUUACAGAUCAUCGUAAACGGGAACUUCAUGUCUAGUCUGAUAAAACAAGUGGUAGUUUUGUUAUGAGCGUUCUAU